GCCUAAGUUCAGCGGUCCUGUUCCACGUUUGUUGGUUACACUGAACGCAGUGAUAAAAGCCUAACUUGCAACGAAUAACUGACAAAAAAUCGGGGGAAAUAACGGCACCUAGAAUGGAAUGGCAACUUGCUAAUCAUCCUAACGGGAACAGCUAAAGUGCAACAGCACUGCAGGGCAGGUCAAAGACAAGGCAACCGCUCUCUUACCGUAUCUGAAUACCAAUAGUGAAUAAGUGAACUUAUUACCUGUCCUGAAUGUAAAUAUACCAAAUAUUAUUUCCGUUCUGCCUCGAAUUGUCACGUUUAGAAAGCUGAACCCCGAACAAAAUAAUGUCUGUAACAUGUUAAAAAUAGCGCUAGUUUAACGCAUGCAUAUUUUGUACCUUUUUUCUGGUUCACAUUUCUAUACGCCGAACGUUAUCUUCAGCCAGUGUCACAUUUGAUUUAGAAGCAUUUCGUCGUUUUGAUUUACAACAGUGUCAGGGCGGAACUUGCUAAGCAAAGCGUCCUUUGCUUUUGUAGCUGCAGCUUGGGAGCCGUUCAUGGGUCCCUCUGCUAAACGAACUCAUGCUGCAGUGAAAAUCAUGCAGAUAAUUGUCGUCACAAAGCUGUUUUGUUGCCCCUGCUUUUGCUAUUUUUUUGCUUUUGCAUGUUAUUUCACACGAGCGGUGUACUUUCGCUAAAAACUGUAAAUGCAGCAACGAGAUAUAAACACAGAGAAGAAGAAGAAACCCAAGGUUUUGUGAUGAGUGUGUGAAAAAAAAAAAAUCUGCCGGUCUCGUCUAUCUGCUCAGUUUUUCAUUCGGUCAUUCCAGAACCACGAGGAGCAGACAGCGACUACUCGCUCCAAGAGAGGAAAAUGUGAAUCUUGACGCCUGGAUUGUACUGCAUGUGGACUGUGGGGGGAAAGCCUGUAUCGUAUAAGAUAAAGGAAUUCGUACAACUACAGCAAAGCUGCUCAUUUCAGUUUGUGGUAUUUCAACAUUUUCGCCUCCUGCCCUUCGUUCGUGGAAGCUGUGGGAAGGAGUGAUUCAAGGAUUCUGUAAUUUCGCAAAUAUUUUAAAAACGAUUCUGAAUGAACAAUUUCAAGAAGUUGGAUUGAAUGGAUUGAUGAAGCUUGUGGGAGCUAUAUUUCAUUACCACCUGUUACGAGAAUACCAGGUAGCCUACCAGUCGUAUGGUAACUGGUGCCAUAGUGCUACCGGGUUUCGGCACCCAACCCUAUUCAGACAGCUACAUGGCAACAAGCACGUGGAAACAUCACAGCCCGACUGGAGUUAUCCCUGACUGGCCACGUGGACAUUCCUUGUUGCAUUCCCUGGGUCACACCGAUCACCCCGCCCUGUGCGCUGAUUGAUCAAACAGACUGCUUUGCCCGCAGCCUGACAGGAUUGCUUUCAGACUAACUGGUCACACAGACGGACCCACCUACAGUCUGAUUGGCUGCACAGACGGUUAUCUGCCAGCCAUCUGCAGCCUGACUGGUGACACAGACAGCCCUGCCUCAAGCUAGACUGGUCAUGAAGACAGUCCUUCCCACAGCCUGAUUGGUCACACAGACUUCCCUGCCCACAGCCUGAUUGGUCAUUCUGAAAGUGUUCACUGCUGCCUGGAUUCAAAAACAAACCUCUUCAUUCCAUGGCUUGACCUUCUUACCAUGCAGUGUGCUGCUUCAGUGAGAAAGCUCACUGCCUUUGUGCGAAUCAGGAUGGUGCAGACCCAGUGAGCCCAGAAAUGCUGAAUACAGAACACUAAGGCCUGCUUUCCUCACUGUGCCAUAGCACAUGGAUUUCAAGACUUCCAGUGAGGAGAUAAAGACUGGGGUUUAUUUGCUGCAAGAUGGAAACCAGGAGCCUUUCAGUGUUCGACUGCACUUAGCUAAAGACAUUUUGACAAUUCAAGAGCAAGAUGUUAUCUGCGUGUCUGGCGAGCCAUUCUACUCAAGUGAAAGAACGGUGACAAUCAGGAGGCAGACAAUUGGAGGAUUCGGCUUAAGUAUUAAGGGUGGUGCAGAACACAAUAUCCCCGUUGUAAUAUCAAAAAUAUCUAAAGAGCAGAAAGCUGAGCUAUCUGGAUUGCUGUUUAUAGGAGAUGGAAUCCUCCAGAUAAACGGAAUAAACGUAAGAAGCUAUCGUCAUGAAGAAGUGGUGCAAGUAUUGAGAAACGCCGGAGAGGAAGUGACACUUACAGUCUCCUUCUUGAAAAAGACGCCAGCCUUUCUGAAAUUGCCUCUUUGUGAAGACUGCACAUGUGUACCGAGUGACCAGAGUAGUGGAACGUCAUCACCUCUGUGUGAUAGCGGCUUGCACUUGAACUAUCAUCCCAAUAAUACGGAUACACUAUCUUGCUCGUCCUGGCCCACGUCUCCAGGGUUACGAUGGGAGAAGAGAUGGGUUGACCUGCGCCUUAUCCCCCUGCUCCAUUCGCGUCUCUCGCAGUAUGUCCCAGGCUCAGAUGUCUGCAGGCAAAAUGCAUUUCAAGUGAUUGCCGUGGAUGGGGUUUGCAGUGGGGUAAUCCAGUGCCCUACUGCUGAAGACUGCUUAGACUGGCUUCAAGCUAUAGCAACUAAUAUAUCUGCUCUCACAAAGCACAAUGUGAAGAAGAUCAAUAGAAAUUUUCCAGUAAAUCAGCAGAUCAUCUACAUGGGUUGGGUAGAUGAGAAGGAACAGGACUCCGUACAGGACCGAAUGUAUACACCAAAGUUCCUUGCCUUGAGAGGGUCUUCACUCUUCAAAUUCUCUGCACCUCCUGUAACAACGUGGGACUGGACCAGGGCAGAAAAAAGCUACACUGUGUAUGAAAUCAUGUGCAAAAUUUUAAAGGACAGUGACCUUCUGGACCAGCGGAAACACUGCUUCAGCCUGCAGACGGAGAAUGGGGAGGACAUGUUUUUCAGCGUGGAGCUGGACAGCGAACUGAUGAUUUGGGAGAAGGCCUUCCAGAUGGCAACCUUUUUAGAAGUUGAGAGAAUACAGUGCAAAACAUAUGCUUGCAUAAUGGAAAGUCACCUUAUGGGACUCACAAUAGACUUUGGAAUGGGUUUUGUAUGCUUUGAUGCAGCAUCAAAGGCUGUUCUCUGGAGAUACAAAUUCUCCCAACUAAAAGGAUCCUCUGAUGAUGGGAAGAGCAAGAUCAAAUUUCUCUUCCAAAAUCAGGACACUAAACUCAUUGAAGCCAAGGAGCUGGAAUUUUCCAAUCUCUUUGCGGUGCUGCAUUGUAUCCAUUCCUUUUUUGCUGCCAAAGUUGCUUGUCUGGAUCCUCUGUUUGUGGGGAGUCAGGGCGCUGCAGCCACUGCUGUGGCCUCUGCAGCUUCCGCUGUUACUUGUACUGCGCCAAUGGGGAAGAUGAAAUUUUCCACCUGACAGCACCCAAGGACUGCACCCGUUCCCUUACCUGCUUUCUCCUUUGGGGACCUUUGCUCUCUCACAACACCUCCUCACUCCUCAUAUUGUGGCCAUUGGGAAAGGCAGGCUGGUCGCUCCAGGAUCAUCUCACCAUUUUGGGAAAAAUGAACCCUCACACUGACACAUUUGAUUUUUCUGCAAACAGGAAAAUGGAGUAAUUUAAUAUACCACAGUUCUAGAGAGCUGCACAUGUAAAAUUUGAUGUUGUCAACUGGAAGCAUCAAGAAUCAGUUGAAGAUGGACUUUGCACUCAGGAUUCUGAGGCCUGUUAGAAAACCAUAUGAUCUGUUUUAAAUACCAUUGGAGUUAAUGAAUUAUAUAACAAAUCGGUUCCAUUCAGAGUGCUCCAAAACAGCAAUUUCAUAUUAUUUUAAGUAAAAUGUUUACACGUGUUCAGGUUGUAAGGAAACAGCAAAGAAAUGUAGUGAUGUCUCCUAUGACAUUGCAGGUGAUGCCACUGUUUAAGCCACUGCUUCCCUGUCUUAGUUUAUUUGACAUAUAAAUCACAUGU